AUGGCUGCAAGUUUGGAAGCUUUGGUUAAAGAACGCGGAAUUUAUAAAGGAAAAAUAUCGAAAAUUAUAAAUUGGUAUAAUAAAAACGCAACCACAGAAACCGAUUAUUUGGAAUUUGAAGCUAGGUUAGAUUGCUUAACCCAAGCUUUCACGCUGUAUGAAGCCGUUAAUAUGCAAAUUAUGAACAUAGAUUCCAACAGCCAAGACAAGGAUGACAUAGAUGAUAAGUAUUGCUCAUGUCGAGCAAAGUUAAGGGGUAAAAUUAUAACGCUCUCGCCUCAAUCGCAAACUCAACAGGCAUCAGUACCCGUAUCAAAUCAUCAGGGUCAAAAACCUAACGUUAAUCUGCCUCAAUUGCAUAUUCCUCGGUUUAAUGGAGACCUCACUAGUUGGAAUGCAUUCUACCAAUUAUUUAAUACGCUUAUCGUUAACAACAAUAUGCUUUCAAAUAUAGAAAAGUUAAUUUACCUGAAAUCAUACCUAUCAGGAGAGCCUCUACACCUCAUUGACACUUUACAAUUAACUGACUCAAAUUUAAAUAUUGCCAUUGAAACCCUGAAACAACGUUAUGAUAAUCAAUUGUCAAUAAUAUUCUCGCACAUUAAGAAUUUAGUUGACAUACCCUCUCUCACUAAGGUAAAUGCUCAUAUUAUUAGAGAUUUUAUCGUAAAAAUAAAACAAAAUCUCGACUCUCUCAAAACUCAAGGAAUCCCAGUAGACCAAUGGGAUUUAAUACUCAUUUACAUUUUUUCCCAAAAACUAGAUUAUGGCACGCGGAAGGCGUACAUUGCUGAGCGAGGGGCACAUAUAUCAAAGGCUACAUCAGGUACCUUUCCAAAACUAGAUGACUUACUCAGUUUCCUUGAAUCACGCUGCUCUGUUUUGGAAGACCUCUCAGAACCCAAAAUAUCCCCUCACACUCAAACCGGUCCCCCUCGAGGCCCUGCCCAUAGUAGCUUCUAUAGGGCUACUCACCUUGCUCAAGGAUUCAAUGAGCCAGGUGGUAAUGGCCAAAUUAAUUCUCACCACACUCACUCAUCCCACGAUAUCUCAAAUAAAUUUGGAACCUCUAGGCCCACUAAUUGUAUUUUUUGUAAAUUACCCACUCACAGAAUUUACUCUUGUUCACAGUUUAUUCAAUUGCCCUUGAACCGAAGAAGUGAUUUUGUUUAUCAGAACAAAUUAUGUAUAAACUGUUUAGGUUCGAAACAUCAUAUUCGUGACUGCAUGUCACUCUUGUCUUGCUCAGUAUGCAAGAAAAGACACCACUCGUUGCUGCAUUCUGCUAGUCACCCCACUCAAAGGUUCAAACAGAACAAUUCUCAAAACAAUGCUCGUCAGAGUAACCAAGGCAUGAACUCUACUUCUCAACCCCCUGAACCUAAGCAGCCAUCCCAAACAAACCCCAAUGAUCUACCCCAGCAAACCACUAAUAGUCACCAAACACUCACUGUUUUUACACAAGAAGAUAACGAAGUAUUGUUGGCAACAGCCCUUGUCAACAUCGUUGCCAAAAAUGGACAUACCAUUACUGCCAGAGCCAUACUUGAUUCUGGCAGCACUAUAUCCAUUAUCACUGAACGACUGUUGGAAAUGCUCAAUCAUACCCCGGAAACUCAAAACGUUCAAAUUUCAGGAAUUGGGGGAAAAAUUGAACACACGAGCAAAGUAAUUCGACUUACAUUAUGCUCGUUGAUAGGAAAUUUCUCUCUCGAUGCAAAUUGUUGCAUCUUAAAUAAAAUUACUGAUGUCAGUCCUCGAGUUCGAGUAAAACAAAGUAACUUGCAGAUCCCUCAAGGCAUUGAACUUGCUGACCCUAAGUUUGAUCAACCUGCUUGUGUAGAUAUGUUACUUGGUGCUGAUAUUUAUUAUAAGAUUUUAUCAGGUGACCUAUUAAAAAUUAAUGAACACUCCCUCACUUUGGUUGGAACACACUUUGGAUAUCUCUUGUCUGGCCUAAUUCCUCCGGAUACUUUCUCAACACAGGCUAUAUUUGAUGUCACCAACAACCGCAGCUGUCUUCUUGCUCGGAAUUCAGAUCUUGCUCUUGAUUCAUUGUUGGAAAAAUUUUGGAACAUGGAGAACUGCCCUCAAUCCUCGGAGAAAAUUUUAUCUCCAGAAAAUAACUUUGUGGAAACUAAUUUUCGCGAAACUACCGUUAUUUUGAAUGACGGUUCUUUUCAAGUGAAUCUUCCCCUCAAAAUUCCUGAAAAAUUAUUUCCUCUGGGAGAAUCAUUCUUUCUCGCCAAAAAACGAUUCCUUAAUUUAGAAAGGCGAUUCGAAAAAAAUCCAAAUUUAUUUCAGGAAUAUAAAAAUUUUAUUGAUGAAUAUCUCUCUUUAGGACACGCGCAAGUCGUUCCUCUCUCAUUAAAAAACAUUCACGGCCAUAACAAAUAUUUUCUACCCCACCACUGUGUUAUCCGCGAACAAAGCACAAGUACGAAAUUGCGAGUAGUGUUUGACGGCUCUAUGAAAUCGUCAUCAGGAUUAUCAUUAAAUGAUACAAUGUACAAAGGAUACACAGUUCAACCUGAUCUUUAUGAUAUUUUGCUGAGAUUCCGAAGCUUCAAAUUCGUCCUCACUGCCGACAUUGAGAAAAUGUACAGACAGGUCCGAGUGAACCCACGUCAGACAUACUUGCAAAAUAUCCUCUGGCGUAGUAAUCCCGCUCAUGAUUUUCAAUGUAUUGAGCUGCAAACAGUGACUUAUGGUACUAACUCCGCUCCAUAUUUAGCCACUCGUGUUCUAAACGAGCUGGCAUUCUUAAAUAAGGAAGAAUACCCUCUUGCCGCUGACACAAUCCUCUCACAGUGCUAUGUUGAUGAUCUUUUGUGUGGUCAAGACACUCUCGAUAAGUUAAAAGACCUGUAUUUUCAAUUGAACGAAAUAUGCAAAGGCGCGCAUUUCAAGCUGCACAAGUGGUGCUCAAAUUCGAAUUCUCUUUUAAAAAUCGUUAAUUCUUCUAAUGUAUCCUCCGACGUACAGGCAUAUGACAUUAAAGUAGAAGGAGUUUCAAACAAAGUUCUAGGUAUUUCAUGGAAUUCAGAAGCUGACGUAUUUUCUAUAUCGCUACCCGAUGUUGCAAUUUGCACAUCAGCCACUAAACGGGAUGUUUUAUCAAAAAUCGCGCAAAUGUUCGAUCCAUUAGGAUUAAUUGGCCCUAUAAUAGUUAAUGCUAAAAUAUUCAUGCAAGAUAUUUGGAAGGCAAAGAUUGGCUGGGACGAAUAUUUGAACGAUAGUCUUCUCACAAUAUGGAAUUCUUAUUUUCAAAAUAUUACUCAACUCAAGUGUUUAAAAAUACCCCGGUAUAUAUUCCACGAUAACCAGAUAUCUUCUGUUGAACUUCAUGGAUUUUGUGAUGCCAGUCGCAAGGCCUUUGGAUCUUGUGUCUACCUGAGAACUAUUUACCUUGAUAAUUCUGUAUCAUGCUACUUAAUUACUUCAAAAUCUCGAGUAACUCCAAUCAAGGAAGUUACAAUACCCCGAUUAGAACUCUGUGGUGCUCUAUUGCUUUCAACUUUGAUUAGUCGUGUCAAAUCCAUAUUUAAGGAUAGGUAUAAUUUUCAUAGCGUGAAUCUUUGGACAGAUUCAGAGAUUGUUCUAGCAUGGCUAAAGGCUGAUUCUUCACGAUUCAAUGUGUUUGUUGCUAACCGAAUAUCGCAGAUCCAAUCUCUCACUAAUAAUUAUGUUUGGCGGCACAUCCCUGGUGCAGAAAAUCCUGCUGACUGCCUCUCUCGUGGUACAACUUCUGAGCAAAUAAUGAACUCUUCUCUUUGGUGGAAUGGACCACAGUUUCUACAAACCUUUGAUUUCGACUUAGACUCACUAAAUAUCAAGGUACCUCCAACUCACGAAGAAGAAAGAAAGGAAAGUACUGUCUUACUCCUCAGGAAUGAUAAUUUCUGGGAAACACUGUUUGACCGAUUUUCCAAUUAUUCCAAAUUACGAAGAUCUAUUGCAUUUAUAUUAAGGUUUAUUAAUAAUAGUCGCGCUAAUUCUCAAAAACUCAUUGGACCUCUCACUGUUGAUGAAUUAAGAAACUCUGAACUUUUCAUAAUAAAAACAAUUCAGUCUACGUAUUUCUCAAAAGAACUAAACGAGUUAAAAAGUCCAGCUCGGAAGAUAUCGGACAAACAAAUAUUAAAAUUAAAUCCAUUUAUCGAUGGAGAAAAUGUAAUCAGAGUAGGAGGAAGAUUAUCACAAGCUCUAGUCCCAUAUGAUCAAAAAUUUCCCAUUUUAUUGCCCUCAAAAAAUCGCGUUGUCAAACUACUCUUACUUAAAGAGCAUAUUAGACUCGGACACGCUGGUCCUCAAACUGUCUUGUCAAAUCUUCGCCUCCGAUAUUGGCCCCUAAAUGGAUUAAGGGAAAUCAAAAAGGAAUGCUUGCAAUGUAUGACAUGUUGUAGAUUCAAAAUAAAAAACCAUCAACAGCUGAUGGCUGAUCUCCCAAAAGACAGAGUCAUUCCCUCUCGGCCAUUUUCACGCACAGGUGUAGAUUUUGGUGGCCCCUUUUUUGUGAAAUCGUCGAGUCUUAGACGCUCAAAAACCGAAAAAUGCUACAUAGCAUUAUUUGUUUGCAUGGUUACCAAGGCUAUACAUAUAGAAUUGGUGUCAAGUCUCUCUACAGAAGCAUUUUUGGCUUCAUUAAAACGAUUCAUUUCAAGGCGAGGAAAUCCACAUGUCAUUUUUAGUGACAAUGGAACAAAUUUCUUAGGUGCACGAAACCAACUCAGAGAAUUUUACACUCUAUUCAAGUCUAAGUCAACCCAAGAACAGAUAAAUGAUUUAUUGGUAUGCAAUGAGAUAAACUGGAAGUUUAUUCCCCCACAUUCUCCCCAUUGGGGCGGCUUAUGGGAAGCCGGAAUCAAAAGUACCAAAUAUCAUUUAAGGCGAUUAGCAGGACAGCAGAAUUUUACUUUUGAGGAGUUAUAUACAAUACUCACACAAAUUGAGGCAAUAUUAAAUUCACGACCUCUUCUCCCCUUAUCCUCUGACCCCUCAGAUUUUACUUGUUUAACCCCGGGACAUUUCUUGAUAGGAACUUCGUUGACCUCUUUCCCAGAAAAAGACCUUUCCAAUAUUUCAGAAAAUAGACUUAAUCGCUGGCAACGAUGUGUCAAAAUUCAACAACAGUUUUGGUCCAAAUGGUCUAAAGACUACCUCAAUCUUCUCCAGAAUCGACCAAAAUGGCUAUACCCCUCACCAAACCUUCAAGUUAACGACAUAGUUUUCUUAAAGGAAAUUAACACUAAACCUCUAGACUGGCCUCUGGCUAGGGUACUUGAAAUUAUACCCAGUAAGGACGGAAAUGUUAGACUUGUUAAAGUAAAAUCUAAAAAUGGCAUUUUAACAAGAAACGUCACUAAAUUAUGUCCCCUACCCAAACUCGAUAACUAG